AUGCCGACGCCACUUCGGUCGGUGCGGCGUCUACCCCCAGCGGGAGACGCCGCUCUGGCAAGGGCAAGGGGGGCAGGGGCGCUGGUGGAGCUAGCGGGGGUGGUGGAGGCGGCGGUGGAGGCGGCGGAGGGAGUGGGGGUGGCGGUGGGAGUGGUGGCGGGGGUGGAGGUGUCGGUGGCGGCAGUGGAGGCGGAGGCGGUAGCGGUGGGAGCGGAGGCGGCGCUGGUGGCGGAGGUGGAGGAGGCGGUGGUGGAGGAGGUGGAGCUGGUCGGGGUGGCGCUACGCAGCGGGGCGGCUCCGGUGGUGCUGUCUUUGAUCUUGACUUUUGAUGCUAUUCUUGCUGCCAUGUAUGCUGUGACUAUUAGCGAUGAGGGUGACUGUUACCGGUGUUUCCCGCCCGACCCGGGCAUUGGUACUGCUGCUCUAGGUACUGGUGAGGCUGCUGCUCUAGGUGCCAGUGAGGCUGCUGCUCUAGGAGCCAGUGCGUCUGCGUCCUCAGGUGUUGGUGAGUCUGCGCUAUCAGGUACCACGUCGACUUUGGCCUCCCUCACCUUCACACUUGACUCAAGGGCUUCUCGCUCCUUCUUUCGAGACCGCACCACACUCACGCCGCUUGGUCGGCCGGUUGCAGUCUCCCUGGCAGACCCCUCUGGGGGUCCUGUCCUUUCUCACUUCUCCACUGUCCUCCCGUGUCCGGCGGCCCCCUCUGGCACCUUGUCUGGUCUUUACCUCCCCUCGUUCUCUACGAACCUGGUGAGUGGUGCUGACCUACAGGAUGCGGGGGUUCACCAGUUUACUCCUGCGAGUCAGCGGGUAGCUGCGUCGGGUCAGGUGUUUGCUGCAGCGUCCAGGUCUGGCCCUGAGUCUGCCCCCUGCUCGUGUCGCCUCCUGUCUCACGAGACUCUCCUGUGGCACCACCGCCUUGGUCACCCCUCCCUGCCUCGUCUCCGAGGCAUGGCCUCCCGUGUCCUUGUCUCUGGUCUUCCCCGGUCCCUCCCUCCCCUUCCUCCGGGGCCUGGCCCUACCUGCGUCCCCUGUGUCGAGGGGCGGCUGCGGGCUGCCCCUCACUCCUCUCAGUAUCCCCCGACAGCGGCCCCACUGCAGACGCUUCACAUGGACGUGUGGGGCCCAGCCCGCGUCCGUGGACAGGGUCACGAGCGCUACUUCCUGCUGGUGGUUGACGACUACUCGCGUUACACCACAGUCUUCCCCUUGCGCAGCAAGGGUGAUGUCACUGAGGUGCGGAGAGUUGUAUGUCGGAGUACGAACGCCGCAUCGAGAGGAGACAACAGGGGAGAGAGCCACCGUCUCUGA